UCCUUAACUGGAAGUGAAAUUUCUUGUCUGCUGAAAUCAUCCCCCGCUUUCAGUUUCAGACCGUCAAUCUAUCAAUUUCCUUUCCACAAAAUUUUGUUAGUUAUAUAUGUGUUAUAUUUCUCCAAUAAAUUUCACGGCUUCUGCACCGAUUGCCGUCUGUCAUAUCGGCAACAUAGGUUUUUGUUUCAUACUACUUGUUCAAGAUUCACGCACUAAACCCAGCAAGUUCAGAGAGCUAUAAUCGCACCAGAACUUGUAGAUAUAUACAUAUAUAGACACGAUAUUUAUACUGCAAUAAUCGUAUUUUCUCAAGACAAUAAUACGGUCAAUUCCCUCGCUUUUACUGUGUUCGGAGGGUAAUUCGAAGAUAAAAUCAUGGCAUACGAGAACGACGCCUACCGUGAUGAAGAAGGCGAGCCAUUGGUGGACUUCGAUGAUGAUGUCCGAUCUGAAGGGGAACAGCCCCACGAUCUCUUGGAUGACAUAGAUGAUUCCGUCUACGAUCGCAGCGAAAGAUCUCCAACGCCAGUGUUUAAUGACUCGAAUUCUAAGCCCCGGAAGCGAUUGAUAAAAAAAUCAUCUAUUAAAGAAUCUGGGCCCUUAGAUUUUGGAUUAGAUGAUGAUGAUGAUGAUGUAGGUGAUGUUGGUGGGGAUUAUGGCCGGGAGGAUGAUGUGGCUGGGUUGGUGAGAGAUGAUUACUCUGAUGGCGGAAAGAGGAAGAGGGAUAAAGGAGAGAAAUUGAGAAUUCUGGAGAAAAAUAGGAAAGCAGAGAAGGAGAAGAAGUUUAAGGUUAGGAAGAGUGGAGGAGGAAGAAUGAAGGAUCAUGAGGCAGAUCCAGAGAUGAAAGAGAUGUGGGACACUAUUGCGGGUGACAAUUCUGAGGAUGACCAAGAAGGUGUUAGGACUCUGGACGAUGAUAAUUUCAUCGAUGAUACUGGCGUAGAUCCUUCUGACCGUUAUGCAAGUGACCGUGAACAUUCUCCAAGUCGAGCUCCCGAGGCAGAAGAGGGAGAAGAGGAUGAUGAAAUCAAGGACCUCUUCAAGGUUGGAAGGAAAAAGAAGAAAACUGAAAAAAGUCCUGCUGAAAUUGCAUUACUAGUUGAAAAUGUGAUGGCUGAGCUCGAGGUGGUUGCAGAAGAAGAUGCAGAGCUCAAUAGACAGGGGAAACCUGCAAUCAAUAAAUUGAAAAAGCUGUCCCUUCUGACAGAUGUUCUCUCAAAAAAGCAACUACAGCAAGAGUUUCUUGAUCAUGGAGUUUUGACUCUGUUAAAGAACUGGCUUGAGCCUCUUCCAGAUGGAAGCUUACCAAAUAUCAACGUUCGUGCUGCUGUUUUGAAGAUCCUUAAUGAUUUCCCAAUUGACUUAGAGCAGUAUGACCGCAGAGAACAACUAAAAAAGAGCGGCCUUGGCAAGGUCAUUAUGUUUUUGUCAAAGGUUGAUGAGGAAACUACUGCCAACAGGAAACUCGCUAAAGAGUUGGUGGAUAAAUGGAGCCGACCAAUUUUCAAUAAGAGCACAAGGUUUGAAGACAUGAAAAACUUUGAGGAUGAAAGAAGCUACAGGAGGACACCUGUUAAAAAGGUAAUGAAUAAUGCAGCAGGAAGGGCAUCGCGGGGGGAUGAUGACCUGGAUUUUUCGCAGGAGCGAAAAUCCGGACAGUCAUCUUCGAGGCAACAUGCCUCUAGGCCUGAAGCAAUGUCCAUGGACUUUAUGGUCCGUCCUCAAUCCAAGGUUGAUCCAGAAGCUGUACGAGCCCGUGCUAAACAAAUGGUACAAGAUCAGCGUAGGGCAAAGGUUGGUAGUUCUUUCAUUAAAAAGACAAAUCUCAGAUGGAAUGCCAUUGUUCUAAAAAAUAUAGGGCUUGAUGUGGAUGGGAGUUUACAUACUAGUUUGAGAAAUACUGGACCUUUCCUGAUUUGUUGCUUAUGUGAUUCUAUUUGUGCUGAAGAGAUUGUGCACAUUUCUAUUUUCUAUGCUUAUCAGUAAGUUUCAGAUUUUUAUCCCUCUGGGUGCUGCAACAUUUCUUCGGUUAUGUCAUCGGGAGACGGGAGGAGAUAUCUACUUUGCUUUAGUUCAUAACUGCGCGUUCUAUCCAGUGGCUUUCUCAUGUGUAUUUUUGGGUGUCUUGACCCCUAUUUUAAUUUAGUAUUGUGAAAAGACCAUUCUUUUGAAUUUUGGUAGUUUAUAAAUUUAUAGCUCAUGGUGUGAUCAUACCGUGACUGAACUUUAAA